CAGCGGAGAUCCCAAAAAGUAAACAAAAGUAAAAGUCUAAUAUCUUGAAAACCGGUGAAUAUUUUUCGAUGAAAUUUGGUAGAUAUUCGUUUUUGCUCUUUCUGAACCGAGCGACAUCACUUUCAUGCCAAUUCAUUAACUUUUUUGAAGGUGGGAGGGUCCCUUUAAAUUAUCUGAAUGGUUGAUGCACAAAAGCAGACGUGAAGCGAGAUGAGUGACGUCAUGGACUCUACGCCGGCCGAGGACGACAGCAACGUCCGGAAGUCGUCUCGUCUCCAAGCCAAGCCGAGACAGAACGUGGCGAAGCUGCUCUCGGAGCCGAUUCCCAAGCCAAAGGUCACACCGGAGGACAGACGGCGGCUGCUCAAACUGCAGGCUAAAGCAGCAAGGUCGGAUAAGGGUGCCGGCGGCGGCCCUCCAUGGACCCGUCCCACGGCUACUCUCCUGGUAGGAUCAGAGGACAAACAGAGAGAGAUCAAGGUGUUCCCCUGCCGGGUAUGUGACUUCCUGGGGCGCACUGCUAACGUCACUAAACUGCACGAACACAAAAACCAUCCUCGGAGGAAGCGCUGCAAGAUCUGCAACAAAUAUUUGCACUCUCCUACUGAGCUGGAGGAACACUGCCUCUCUGAACAUCAGACGUCGGCUCAGGCGAUCAAGUGCGCGUCGUGUGAGUACGUGGCGCGUGACCAGGACGACCUGGCUGCUCACACCGAGUAUGAACACUACACUGGCGCCAAAAGGAACGAGCACUGUCGCGAGAUGGUGAACGGCGUCCAGUGCACGGCCCGCUUCGUGCGGAUCAGUGACCUGAGGAGACAUCUGGCCUCGGAACACGGCCUGGUGGCUGCGCUCGACACCGUUCAGGAGGAAUUCGACACGUGGGACGAGUUUAUGCGCUGGAAGGCCCAGUUCGAGCUGGACACGCGCUCUGUCUAUAAGAUCGGCUACGGCCGCCGGCACGGUCACCGUCGCUACAUGUGCGUCCGCUCGGGCCGCUACAAACCGGUGCCAGACGAGCUGCGCCAGCGCCGGCCGCGCCGGCACCGCACCAUCAAAAUGGGCUUCAACUGUACGGCCACCAUGAUGUGCAAGUUCCCGGAGACUGGUGGCGUGCGCGUGGUGGUGCACCCGUUCCACUACGGACACGCUAUCGGCGACGUGGAGCUGCCGGGACUGAAACCCGAGAACGCGCCCGACAACUGGAUUCGCCCUGACCCCCGCAGGAAGAGAAAGAACAGACCGUUAAAAAUCAGCCAUGUGGAUGUAGUACCUGCCAUGCCUGAGCCCACGGACGGUGAUGAACCGGCCCCGGUUCCCACCGAGACCGACGGCGGAGACGGGAUGCAGAACGGCGACUCGGGGACGGGACUGCCUGUGGCUUCCGUCACUGCUGAGAAGGCUGACUCCGACGCCGUACCACCUGAGGGUUCGGCCGCCGAGGGCGAUCCGUCUGUGGUUGCAGAGUCCGGCGGAGGUGAUGGCCCCAGCACGGAUGUCGUGCCGGGCCCUGGCGGCGACACCGGCGGCCCAGGAGAGGGCGCUGGUGACAACAACGGCGAUGGUCCGAAUAAGACGGACGCGAAGUCAGUGGAAGCCCCGGACCCAGCCCGUUUGGAAACGCUGCGGCGCAGGCCAGGCCAUAAGUCCAAGUGUCCGCCUCUGUCGACGUCCCCGCCGCCAGAGCCGGAACCGGAACCGGAGCCGGAACCGGAACCGGAGCCGGAACCGAAGCCGAAGCCUCGCCGGGGUUUGUUCGGCCGCCCGCUGCCGCCUCCGCCGCGUCCCGGCCACGGCAAACGCUACAAGAAGCUGCUACGUCGAGCCAAGCUGAUGAAGGGUCUUCGUAAGCGGCUGGACAUGCAGCUGACGCGUCUGGCCGAGGCGCGUCUGCAGCAGUUUCCCAAGCUGGCGCCGGCGCCGGGGGGUGGUGUGGACGCGCCUCUAGUCGGCAUGCCGCUGGAAGACGUACCUGAGGUGGAUGACAACCCGCCGCCGCUGGCGGUGCUCCGCGCCGACCCGACCGACGUGGACCAGCUGCCGGACGGCGUGUUCCCAGAGCUCGAGCUACUGACAGCACCCACCGACCUCGAUGAUGCCACCGACACCAUCUUCAGCCUCAAGAUGGAGGUGCUGUCGCUGCGCGCACGGCUGAUGCGCCGGGCCGCCGUCGAGACUGGUCUGCGCGCUGAUGCUUUAGAGGCGGCCGCACGGCACGCGGACAGCGAGCGGGAGUUACGUGAGGAGCUGGAGCGCACUCGCGCCGGGCAGGACAGCGAGCUGCAGCGGCUGCGUGGUGCGCUCCAUUCUGUGUUCACGUCGGCCCAGCUGGCCGCACUGGAGAACCCCGACGAGCCCGUUCCCUGGGGCACACAGGACUACGAGCAGGCCAUGGCGCUACGCUGGCUGUGCAACCAAGAGGCGUUCAACUUUGUGCGCCGCGGACUGAAGGUGCCCCUGCCGACGAUGGCCGACGUGCGUGCGGUGGUGGCCACUGGCCGGCCGCGCCCCGUGGCUGACACAUUUUUCGAGCUGGUGCGCACCAAGGCGCUGGAGGGGGACAUCGUCGAGGAUGCCGGGGACGUGGAGGCGGAGCCCGGCUCGGAGCUGCGUCUGGUUCUGGAGGGUCCCGAGGAGCAGACGGUGGAGGUGGUCGACAGCGCUGCGGGCGAGGGCGAGGAGGCGCCCGUCGAGAGGCCGCCUAAGCCUCCUCGGGUCAUCGCCGAACGGAAGCCGACCACAGUGCGCGCGGUCCGGCUCCGCCCUGUCGGCAGCGACGGGCAAGCCACAGUGUCGACGGUUUCUGUGCGUCAGUUUCACGGUAACGCCGACGACUCGGAGCCGACGGACAUAAUGAUCCAGUUAAUUGAGGAAGACUCUGGGGAGCCGGCGACCGUCGAGCGGGUGGAUGGAGAGGUCGCCGGGUUUAUUGGACCGCACAGUUCGGGCAGUGGAGGGGACAGCGCCAUUGGGGAGUCGCCUUCAGGCGAACCGUCCACCAAACGGGCACGCUACUGAUUCUGAGCGGGAUCGGAAACUGGCUCAUAUUUGUCAUCAAGAUAUAUAAACAUCUAGAAUCGCUUCAUCCAUUGCCUGGACAGUCACAUUUCAUCCAUGAGUUGUACAUAGAUGCAAGGUAGGUAUGUCAUCAGAAUUCAUUCUACAGUCGGCAUUGUUUAUAGGGACAUGUACAAAUAAGUGCCGUGACAUUGUUGUUUAUGAGCGCCUGCGUGUUAAGUGAUUUCUUUCUUGUUUUUUUUCCCGAGCUACCGGGCUUACUGCUUUUGUGCUUUUUUAUAAUAAAAGUCAGCACCCGAGAUAUAAUGUAUGGCAUCAUCGUGCUGGACACAGCCCAUUGUGUUGUGUAGGAAGCAUUGUUCGGUGGGUAGCUAACGAACUCUGUGGCCGUGGUUUGGCAACAAUAUUACCGCUUUAAGCUC